UGUAUAGAGAGGGAGGGCUGAGGGCAGUCCUCCAUGUUUUAAUAAGCAUUGACAUUACACACUGUGUUUUAUGCCAUGCAUCCACAGAGCUUGGCUGAAGGAGAAGUGAAGGCGGAGUCAGAUGCGACUGAAGGGAUGGAAAUCGCAACACGAUCCAAGGCUUCUGAUCAGGGGUCAGCAGAACGGGCCGUCCCAAAACGCAAGGCCUCCAGCCCUCCCCACUCUUCUAAUGGACACUCCCCUUCCGAAUCUUCCUCCAGUCCUGCCAAAAAGAAGAAGAAACCUGGCGCCGUCAAUAACAGCAAAGACCAGUCAGAACUAAGACAUGGUCCCUUUUACUAUGCGAAGCAGCCUGCACUCACCACAGACCCUGUUGAUGUUGUACCGCAGGACGGGCGGAAUGAUUUCUACUGCUGGGUGUGUCACCGUGAGGGACAGGUGCUCUGCUGUGAGCUCUGCCCGCGGGUCUACCACGCAAAGUGCCUCAAACUGGCCGCAGAGCCCGAAGGAGACUGGUUCUGUCCUGAAUGUGAGAAAAUAACAGUAGCCGAAUGCAUAGAGACUCAGAGUAAAGCUAUGACGAUGCUCACACUGGAUCAGCUGUCUUUCCUGCUGAAGUUUGCUCUCCAGAAGAUGAAACAGCCAGGUGACCAACCUCGUUCAUCCUCUCAGCUUCCCCAUGACGCUGCUUCACGGAGAAAGACUUUUAACUGGACGGAGCCCUUUCAGAAGCCAGUGUCAUUGGAACAGCAUCCAGAUUAUGCAGAGUAUAUAUUUCAUCCCAUGGAUCUCUGCACUUUAGAAAAGAAUAUUAAAAAGAAAAUGUAUGGAUCCACCGAGGCUUUCCUGGCUGAUGUGAAGUGGAUUUUGCACAAUUGCAUCAUUUAUAAUGGAGGGAACCAUAAACUUACAGCAACAGCAAAAGUUAUUGUAAAAAUCUGCGAACAUGAAAUGAAUGAGAUCGAAGUCUGUCCGGAGUGCUAUCUAUCUGCAUGCCAGAAAAGAGACAACUGGUUUUGUGAACCAUGUAGCAACCCUCACCCACUAGUAUGGGCCAAGCUGAAGGGGUUUCCAUUUUGGCCUGCUAAAGCUCUUCGAGAUAAAGAUGGACAAGUAGAUGCUCGAUUCUUUGGACAGCAUGACAGGACGGCAUCUCCUAAAUUGCUCGUGGGCAAGAGCAUGGUGUCCAGUGGGACCACGGGAGGCGGGACAGGAGGGCGAAUCUCAUUAACGGAUGUGCCUCGUUCACCAAUGAGCACUAACUCGUCUGCCCAUACUGGAUCUGAUGGAGAGCAGGAGACUGGAGAGAAAAACCAUGCUAAAGCGGCCUUGCCCAAUUACAGCACAGCAGAGGAGUCAAUGGAUUGUACUGCAUCACCCGCCCCUCCUAGAACAGGAAACACCUUAGAAAGUCCUAAACCAUUCCACUCCCCAGCUCCCAGCACCCCUGUUAAACAGGAGAAGACCCCAACCACCGGCAGCAUCCUCAACCUAAACCUUGAUCGCAGUAAAGCAGAGAUGGACCUGAAGGAGUUGAGUGAAAGUGUUCAGCAGCAGAACCAGCAGCAGCCUUCUCUCACAUCUCCUAAAAGACAGAUCAGAAGUCGCUUCCAGCUCAACCUGGACAAGACCAUAGAGAGCUGCAAAGCACAGCUGGGUAUAAAUGAAAUAUCAGAGGAUGGUGUUGGGCACAGCGACUCAGAGGAAUCUGACAAGUCUGACUCCAGCGACAGCGAAUACGCCAGCGACGACGAACAGAAAUCUAAGACCAGCCAAGACAAUAAAACUGCAGCUGAUGGUAAAAACGCGAAAGAGCCCCUUAAAAAAAAGACUAAACAUUCAGCGGCGGCUGGUGAGGACAAAGAAAGCAGAACAGAGUCUACUACAACCACCAACACAGCAACCAAAGGAAAACCCAUCCAGAAAACGAACCCAGCUGACACUAUAGCCAAAGAGAAGCCAGGUAUGGAAUCAGAAAAAGAACCACCGGAGAAACUAAAAGACAAAGUAGCUAUGCCAUCCCCAGAGAAACCCAAGACCUCAGAGGAGGCCGGGCAGCCGACAUCUGCGGAUGUGGAAAUGGACUCUGAUUCAGAAAGGGAGCUAGUCAUUGACCUGGGAGAAGAGCAGGCUGGGAAAGAAAGGAAGAGGACCAGGAGAGAUUCAGCCGCUGUCACCGCACUCAAAGAACCCACAGUUUCCAAACCUGAGGGUAAAUCCACUCCAAUUUCAAGUGCUCUCACCCAACCCCAAAACCCAGCUGUCCCCUCCUCCACCCCAAUUAUCAAAGACCCAUCUCAGUCCCCAAUGGCUAUCCCACUUAACAUAAUACCCCUAACGGUGGCUUCAACCAGCACCACUCUGACCACCUCCACCCUCCCCAAUGCCACUCCCGCCACCCUCAGUUCUCCACCCGUCCCCACCAGCACCGUGAAGAAACAGCGUCCCUUACUGCCCAGAGAGACCGUGCCUGUGGUUCAGCGGGCCGUCGUCUGGAACCCUACCACCAAGUUUCAGACGUCCUCUCAAAAGUGGCACAUGCAGAAGGUGCAGAGGCAGAACCAGGGCCAAACGCAGCCGGCAACGCAGGCACAGGUGUUAACGCAGGUGCAGAACAGCCAACAGCCGCAGCAGCAAGCGCAGGUCUCCUCAUCCUCAUCUGGACAGCAGGCGUCUUCCAGCACCAGAUACCAAACGAGACAAGCUGUUAAAGCCGUGCAGCAGAAAGACUCGCCACAAAGCACGUCAACAUCUGCGGUCACUCUGGUCACCAGCACGCCGGUGUCCGCCACCAUGACGGCAGGAGUCACUGUUAGCUCCUCUUCAUCGACUUCCACGCCUGGAGACUUCCAGAUCCCGACCACAUCUGCUGAUGUAGCAGCUGAUAUCGCCAAGUACACUAACAAAAUCAUGGAUGCAAUCAAAGGGACGAUGACUGAGAUUUAUAAUGAUCUUUCCAAGAGCACAUCAGGAAACACAAUAGCUGAGAUUAGACGGUUGCGAAUUGAAAUCGAAAAACUGCAGUGGCUACAUCAACAAGAGUUAUCAGAGAUGAAGCACAACUUAGAGUUGACAAUGGCAGAGAUGAGACAGAGUCUUGAGCAGGAGCGGGACAGGAUCGUGACGGAGGUCAAGAAGCAGAUGGACGUAGAGAAGCAGCAGGCUGUGGAUGAAACUAAAAAGAAGCAGUGGUGUGCGAACUGCAGAAAGGAGGCCAUUUUCUACUGCUGCUGGAACACCAGCUACUGUGACUACCCCUGCCAACAAGCACACUGGCCUGAACACAUGAAGUCAUGCACACAGUCUGCAACAUCAUCACAGCAAGAGCAGGAUACAGAAGGUAACACAGACGUUGCACCCAAAGCCCAUGGGCAGCCCAAUAAUGGACCCAACUCACCCAGAGAGACUGUAGCCACUAUACCUGCAGAGAGAGACAGUGACGUGGAUAAAACCAAGGACACAGUCACUGUGUCCUAGCUCGGAUGUACAUACACUAAACUGGACUUACUUCUGUACAGAUGUAAAUAAUGUAGAUGUUGUCAAAUUGUUCACUACAAAAUGUUUAUUUAACAUAUGUUUGUCUUGCCUAAUAGUGCUUUUGUGAUAUUCUUUUUUUUUUUGACGUAAUAUCUGAAUGUUCCCAGACAAAGACCACACAAAAAUAUUCCUGUUUAAAGGCCAGAAAGACCUUUCUAUUUAUGUUGCUUUUUAACUGCUUGGGGUUUAGCUGAGCAAUUUUUUUUAUUUGUCCAAAAUAUUCAAAUACCACAUCAUUCAGGGGGUCUGCAUAAUAAAAAAAGACAAAGGAUGAAGAUCUUUCAAGAAUGACUCACUCAGCUUAAAAUGGUUACCGUAAAGCAACACACUUCUUAUUUCCAGUUACAAAAACCAGUAUAUAAUGUUAUUUUUUAUUUUUAGUAUUUUUAUCAGAAAGAGUACUGUUUUGUAUUUUUGAAAUAUCUUAUUUAUGCCAAUUUAUAUAAAAAAAGAACCUUCGGUUAUGGAAAACUUAAAUGACUACACAUUAUAUUCUGUCCUUACAUUGCUAAGACAGGAUUUAACACUGUUUCACCUAUGACUACUUCAUCACAGUCUUGUUAGGAUUGUGUGUGUGGACACAAAGAGAUUGUAAUAUGUUGUAAAACUGUAUUAUCAAUAGAAAAUAUAGUCAGCAUGAUCUGUUUAUUUGUUUUACUGUAUCUUAAAUAUCUUAAAUGCCUUUAUUUUUUUCUGCCUUCCUCUUAAUGGUCCUGAUUAUGUUUCAGUUACACAGAGACAGUAUCCUCGUGAAAGUCUGUCAUUUUAUUUCUACUAAAUGUUCUUUCUUGGUCUUUAUAUAGUUUUGUUGAAACAUUGUUAUUGGCAAAGUAUUUUUAUUGGCUUUAUUUAUCAAACGAUUUACAUUUUUAUAUCCUUUUUAACAUGACUGUAUUACAUCAAGGGCACCAAAGUUCUUUGCUAGUUAUAAUUUUGUUUACAACAUAUUUUUAUGUUUAUUUUACGUUUUGUUCUUAGUGACUGAAGAGCAAACUACGACCUGGAACAUUCCUUAACAUGUUAUACUGUUAAUAGUGCAUAAAUAUGUUAUUCCAAACCAUAAACAUAAAAGAGGAGCGAUCAAGAAAGGCUUUUCCGUUCAAGAACAAAUAGAUAUUUACAUUAUGUAUAUAAAAAGAUCUUGUGGUCUAAAUUGUAAUUUAAUAGUUUUUGUAUGGUGCAAGUGAAUUAAAGAACACCUGAAUGAAAGUA